UCGCUGGGGGUCCCGCCAUGGCCCCAGCCGUGUGGUCGCGCCUCGGCCACCUGCUGUGGCUCACCUGCAUGCUGUGCUCAGCCCCCGCGAGGGUAGCCGCAGGCCUGUAUGAGCUCAACCUGACCACCGACGGCCAGGCCACCACAGGAACAGAGAUGACCAUCUCAGCCAGCCUGGUGGCCAAGGACAAUGGCAGCCUGGCUAUGACCCCCGACACUCACCUGUACCGCUUCCACUGGAUCCACACUCCGUUGAUGCUCACCGGCAAGAUGGAGAAGGACCUCACCUCCACCAUUCGCCUGGUGGGCCACCUGCCCGGCAACUUCCCCAUCUCCGUGUGGGUCACCGCCACCGACUGCUGGAUGUGCCAGCCGGUGACCAGGAGCUUCGCCGUGGUCUCCAUCACAGACUCCCUGGUGGGGAACCUCAUGGUCACCCAGAACAGCUCCCUGCCCUGGCCCAGCUCCUACCUCACCAAGACGGUCCUCAAAGCCUCCUUCGUGCUGCACGACCCCAGCGACUUCUUCAAGCACGCCUCGUUCCUCUACAGCUGGGACUUUGGAGACGGGACCCUGAUGGUGACGGAGGACCCUGUGGUCUAUUAUAACUAUUCGAUUAUCGGGACCUUCACAGUGAAGCUCAACGUGGUGGCCGAGUGGGAACAAGCAAGACUGGAUGCCACCAAGGGCAUCGUCCAGAAGACCGGCGACUUCUCUGCCUCACUGAAGCUGCAGGAAACCCUUCAGGGCAUCCAGGUGCUGGGGCCCACACUGAUUCAGACCUUCCAAAAGGUUACACUGACCUUAAACUUCCUGGGGAGCCCACCCCUGACCGUGUGCUGGCGCCUCAAGGCCGAGUGCCUGCCACUGGAGGAAGGGGAGUGCCAGCCAGUGUCCGUGGCCAGCAUGGCCUACAACCUGACCCACAGCUUCCGGGACCCCGGCGACUACUGCUUCAGCAUCCGGGCUGAGAACGUCAUCAGCAAGACGCACCAGUACCACCGAGUCCAGGUGUGGCCCUCCAGCCUGCAGCCGGCCGUCUUUGCCUUCCCAUGCGCCACGCUCAUCACCGUGAUGUUGGCCUUUAUCAUGUACAUGACCCUGCGUAAUGCCACCCAGCAGAAGGACAUGGUGGAGAACCCGGAGCCGCCCUCUGGGGUCAGGUGCUGCUGCCAGGUGUGCUGCGGGCCCUUCCUGCUGGAGACCCAUUCCGAGUACCUGGAGGUCGUGCGCGAGAACCAUGGGCUGCUCCCACCCCUCUACAAGUCCGUCAAAACUUACACCGUGUGAGUGCCGCCCUCCCACCACGCGAGCUCCAUCUCAGCGUGAACUUGACUGCCCACCUGGAGUUGGGGGCAGGGUGUGUGUGUGUAUGUGAAUGAGGCAGACCCUCCAUCUGCACAGCUGCUUGCUGC